GCCCCGCCAUGGCCAAGCGGCGUGCGGCCGAGCCGCUGGUGUUCCACGCGCCCUGGAAGCGGCUCCUGCGUGGCCUUCCCGACGGGCCGCCGUGCUGGGUGUCGCCGCCUCGCAAACGCAGAAUGGACGCGGCGGCGGCCGUGGCCGAGCCUCCGCCUGAGCCCCGCAAGCGCCGUGGCGGCGGGCAGCCGGAGGGCCGCGGCCUGGACACGGGCGAGCCGCCCCCACGGGCUCCGGAGCCGGGGGAGCAGCCGGACGCCCGGGCCCCCAGGGGCGGCGGCGACGGCGGGGCGGGACGCGGGGAGACUGGGGUGCCGCGCCGGAAAGGGCAGGCUCUGCUGGAGGAGACAUGGCGACGAGGUCUGUGCUUCUCCCAGUGGGACGAAGAAACACUGGUUACCUGGAUGGAGAUCUGCCUGAAGAUGCCUGAGGUGUGUAUAGCUGCCUGCCAGGCAAAUAUGAGGAGUGGGUCCAGCAUGCUAAUGAUGAGGGACUCAUAA